CUGUGCGAAUUGUGAACAAAUGUCAUAAUUUUAUUGAUACUGAUUGUUUUCUGUUCUUCCAUCGUUUUCUGCAUUUUCACGUUUGCGUGGUUGCAUUUUUCGCAAAGAACAGUUGCGAUUCUUAUGGAUCUUUGUCAAGAUAUGGUUACAUAAAGUGUAAUUUUUUUUCACCAUCAAAUCCUUUGUUAGUACAUUUUCCAAAACUCAUAGUGGACGGCAUUGAAAAAUACCUUCCAUUUUUUCACCACCAUGGAAAAACACGGCGAAACAAACAAUAAAAACGUGUCGCGAAGUCUCGUUGGCGAUUACGGCACAUCAGAUUCUGAGUCGGAAGAUAUUCAAGGGCCUUCGAGUGGACAAAUUGGUAGGGAAGAAUACGAUCACACGGAACAUAGUGAAAUGGUUAUAAAAAAUAACAUUAUAAAUGCUUGCGCCCACGGCCCGUUGUCCUCCGCGGCAGGGAAAGAAAUGAAAACUGCCACACAUAUGAUAAUAGAUGGUUCAGACAGUGAUGUAGUUAAUUAUGAAGUGACUGAGUAUAGGGAUGUUGAUAGUGAAUCUUAUUCGACCCCAUCGAGCGAUUCCAGCGACGAUGAGGGUUGGAUAGAGCCUGCAGAGAGUAACAAUUCUAGCGGAGAUGAAGAUGGUGAAAAUAAACCAAGUAAAGUGGAACCAAUCAAGGUUCAUGGAGAAUUGGGUCUGGAUGACCUGCCGCCCAUUGAAGACCUUGCCAUUAGCCUGCCGGCCCAGGAGACCACUAAGAUUGGCACUAUCCUCAACAUUGUAGAUAGAUUAGUGAUAAUUCGUGCGAUGCCAGAGACUCCAGCUGUUGAUUUAGACAGCAUAUUGUUCCUUGAUAACGGUGCUCGGGCAUUGGGGAAGGUGUUUGAUGUUUUUGGACCUGUAACAGAGCCACACUACUGUGUGCGGUUCAAUUCCGUUGAUCAUGUGAAGGAGCGCGGCGUGCAGCCCGGGAUGGAUGUGUACAUUGCACCGCGCAGCCGCGACCACACCAACUACGUCUUCCUCACAGAACUUAUGAAAUCGAAAGGUUCCGACGCAUCAUGGCUGCACGACAUCGAACCGCCGCCGAGCCAUGUGGACUACUCCGACGAUGAGGAGGAGCGCCGCGCCAACCGGGCCCGCAAGGAACAGAACAAGAAGACCGAAAGUGGAGAGACCAGCAAAACAAACAGCCAACCGCCCAAGAGAGAUAGGAGAAACCAAAGACCCGCAGAGAGUAGCAGCCGCUUCGGUAGAAAUGGAGCCGGGUAUGGCGGGGGAGGACUCAACCCCUUCAGAUUCGUCAGUCCAUGGUCCGCGUGGUCGUUCAACGAUGCCAGGACGCCGCCGCAUCCCAACGACUCUGCUCCCAGACCGUUCAGGCCGCCGCCCUUCAACCGGCCACCAAUGUGCGUGCCGCCAUUCGAUCCUUACAUUCCUCCUCCGUUCAUAGGCGAUGCGUACCAAUUCGGUGGUAGACCGAGAAUGUUCGGUCCCAUACCGCCCAUGAGCAUCCCGCCGCCUAUGAGGCAGGCAGGUCCCGUGUUCGGCUCGGGCUUUUGUAGUGCGCCGGGCCCGCAGCCGCAGUGGGCGCGACGCCCGCCGCCGCCCCCCGGCACUUAACUCAAUUUAUAUGUGAAUAUAAUCUGUAAUAUAUAUCCUGUCAUAUAAUAAUUACUUGAGAAACGUUCUAACAAUACUAAAGUGUGGUAUCCAAAUAUAAAAUUAUAUUUAUAUAAAAUAAAGCAGUUGUGUUUAUGUUAA